AUGCCAACAAGAUUCAGAAGAGCUAAGAACGGCGACAUCAGUAAGUGAAACCUUGGAAGAGAAGCCUGAAGUAAACGAUGACAUUGUGCAGUGGCUCUCUUGGACUGCUCGAGGCUUUUUACCCCCACUUGCUGCAGCAGUAGGAGGUGUUGCUAGCCAAGAAGUAUUAAAAGCUGUGACAGGAAAGUUUUCUCCUUUGUGCCAGUGGUUGUAUCUUGAAGCAGCAGAUAUUGUUGAAUCCCUCGGCAAACCUGAACGUGAAGAAUUUCUCCCACGAGGAGAUAGGUAUGAUGCCUUACGAGCCUGCAUUGGAGAUACUUUGUGUCAGAAGCUCCAAAAUUUGAAUAUCUUUUUAGUAGGAUGUGGAGCCAUAGGCUGUGAAAUGUUAAAAAAUUUUGCUUUACUUGGUGUUGGUACAAGCAAAGAGAAAGGAAUGGUUACAGUCACAGAUCCUGAUUUGAUAGAAAAAUCCAAUUUAAAUAGACAGUUCCUCUUUCGUCCUCAUCAUAUACAGAAACCUAAAAGCUAUACUGCUGCUGAUGCCACUCUGAAAAUAAAUCCUCAAAUAAAGAUAGAUGCACAUCUGAACAAAGUAUGUCCAGCCACUGAGACCAUUUAUAAUGAUGAAUUUUAUACUAAACAAGAUAUAAUUAUUACAGCAUUAGAUAAUGUGGAAGCCAGGAGAUAUGUAGACAGCCGUUGCUUAGCAAAUCUACGGCCUCUCUUAGAUUCGGGAACAAUGGGCACUAAGGGACACACUGAAGUUGUUGUACCUCACUUGACUGAAUCUUACAAUAGUCAUCGGGACCCCCCAGAAGAGGAAAUACCAUUUUGUACUCUAAAAUCCUUUCCAGCUGCUAUUGAACACACUAUACAAUGGGCAAGAGAUAAGUUUGAAAGUUCCUUUUCUCACAAGCCUUCAUUGUUUAAUAAAUUUUGGCAAACCUAUCCAUCUGCAGAAGAAGUCUUACAGAAGAUAAAAAGUGGACAGAGUUUAGAAGGCUGUUUUCAAGUUAUUAAGUUACUUAGCAGAAGACCUAGAAAUUGGUUCCAGUGUGUAGAACUAGCAAGAUUAAAGUUUGAAAAAUAUUUUAACCAUAAGGCUCUUCAGCUUCUUCACUGUUUUCCUCUGGACACACAAUUAAAAGAUGGCAGUUUGUUUUGGCAAUCGCCAAAAAGGCCACCUUCUCCAAUAAAAUUUGAUUUAAAUGAACCUUUGCACCUCAGUUUCCUUCAGAAUGCUGCAAAACUGUAUGCUACGAUAUAUUACAUUACAUUUACAGAAAAGGACUUAGCAGCAGAUGCCCUAAUGAAUAUUCUUUCAGAAGUAAAGAUUCAGGAAUUCAAACCUUCCAACAAGGUUGUUCAAACAGAUGAAACUGCAAGGAAACCAGACCAUGUUCCUAUUAGCAGUGAAGAUGAAAGGAAUGCUGUUUUCCAACUAGAAAAGGCUAUUUCAUCUAAUGAAGCUUCCAAAAGUGACCUUCAGAUGGCAGUACUUUCAUUUGAAAAAGAUGAUGAUAGUAAUGGACACAUAGAUUUCAUCACAGCUGCAUCCAAUCUUCGUGCCAAAAUGUAUAGCAUUGAACCAGCUGACCGUUUUAAAACAAAGCGCAUAGCUGGUAAGAUUAUACCUGCUAUAGCAACAUCCACUGCUGCAGUUUCUGGCUUGGUUGCCUUGGAGAUGAUCAAAGUAACUGGUGGCUAUCCAUUUGAAGCUUAUAAAAAUUGUUUCCUGAACUUAGCCAUUCCAGUUAUAGUGUUUACAGAGGCAUCUGAAGUAAGGAAAACUGAAAUCAGAAAUGGAAUCUCAUUUACAAUUUGGGACAGAUGGAUUAUACAUGGAAAAGAAGAUUUUACCCUCUUGGAUUUUAUAAAUGCAGUCAAAGAAAAGUAUGGUAUUGAGCCAACAAUGGUGGUUCAGGGAGUCAAAAUGCUUUAUGUUCCUGUAAUGCCUGGUCAUGCAAAAAGAUUAAAGUUAACAAUGCACAAACUUGUGAAACCUUCUACUGAAAAGAAGUAUGUGGAUCUUACUGUGUCAUUUGCCCCAGACACUGAUGGUGAUGAAGAUUUGCCAGGACCUCCAGUAAGAUACUACUUCAGUCAUGACACUGAUUAUUAGAAGUUGUCUUAUUCCAAGAUUACUUGAUUUUUUGGAAAGAGUGCACUUAAUCCAUAAGCUAAAAACACCAGUUUUUAAACUGUGGAUUUCUCCUUGAUGAAGCCUUAAUUUAAGGAAAACAUCAGUAGGACGCUACACUGAAAAUUAUAAAAUAUUUAUAAACUUGUCCGUUGCCUCCUUAUGUUGGCUAUGAUCACAAGCAACUUGAACUGGAAUACCAUUUUGUAAUACUUACAACAGAUUUGUAUAUUAAGUUCUCUGGAUGAAAAGAAGGAGCAAAAUAUUUAUGUAUAACCAGAAGAAAUAAGGAUCAAGAAAUUAAAAAUAGUGAAUGCAACCAUGUAAACAUUUUAAUCUUAUUUUAUGAAUUUCUUUUUUGUUUGUUAUCUAAGACCCAUUUUCCAAUACAAAUAGUGUUUGAUACUGUGUACUUCUUCUGUGAUUAGGCUAUGAAAAAUUAAUACCAGCAGGAAGAGGAGGGAUACUAGUGGUAGAUGAAGAAUAGAGAUUUUAAAUUGUAUAAUUACAGUUUACUGUCUUGUUACCUUUACUAGUUUAAAAAGAGUUUGUUGUAUCACUGUCUCCCCAAAAUCAGAAUUUUUGUUGACAUUAUCAGUGUUGUAAGCCAUGAGCAGUAGGUCAGAUGACACAUGUUAACUUGGAGUAAAUGUUAACAGUAUUAUAUGAACUCAGACAACUUUCUUAGAAAAUCCAUGCAUAUAAACAGAUUAAAUGUGACUAAUUGUUGAUUUUAUUUUUUAUUUUAAAUAUGCUUUCUAAUGUAGGUAUUUUAUUUAUUUGGAACUCCAAACCUAGUUGUCACAGUACAUAAGACUAAAAGGUUUUGUAAAUGGAGUAUCCCUAGAAAUAGAUGAAAAUUAGAAAUUAAAAAAAUGAUCACUAGUAGAGUCUUGAACUUUUUUUCUUCCAGCAACCUAAUGGAGAGAGAAAAUAGUAUUUUUACUUUAAAGGGAACCAUGUCAUUUUGAUCCUCAUUCCCAGAAAGGGAGUUGACAAAGAUUUUAAGAACUAUUUUUUUAAGUCUUUAUUGAGAGAGACUUUGUUUUUUGAUACUAAUGAUUGCAGAUGCUGAAAAAAGAGCAUUCAUUAAAAUGCUGUAAACUACUCCACACUGUAAAGUCAGUGAAAACAGCAAGUGAUGAUUACUAUAAAGUUACCAUGCAUUCUAAAACAACUUGUAUUUUACAACCUCAGGAAGUCACUUCCCUCUAACUCUUUUUCUUCUACUUUCC